AUGGCCGAUGCGGGCGUGCUGCAGCGGGUGGACAGCGCGGAGAUGCUGGACCUGUUCUCGCAGGCGAUGCUCCUGGACGAGGGGGACGAUUUCCUGUCGCCGACCAAGCAGAACCUGACGCACGACGACGUGCGCCACCUCAGAUUGGACCCCAAGGAGGAGUCGAGGGGCUUCCUGGCGCCCGUGAGGACGGGCAGCGACGCCAGGAGCGAGCUGAACCUGCGGGCCACCGGGAAGGAGGACGCAUGGCUGGUCUUGUCGCCAUCCCAGGUCUCCGUGAGCACCGCCGACUCCAUUGACGACUACCUCAAGCUAAAGGACGCCACAAGGGCGAGCUUCGCAAGACGGAACUCCUGCGCCAGCAGCGAAGGGGAGAGGCGGCAGAAGGGGUCUGUGAAGGCCUUCGCCAAGCAGGCGGGAUGCAAGGCCCCGGCGAGAGAGACCAGCCUGCGCAGGAAGCCGUCCAUCGACCGCGGCUCUUCACUAGAGCGGCGGGCCAGCCUGGGCGGCUGCAGCGACAAGUCGGGCUCGACGGCCUAUGGGUGCGCGGGCGGGCGGAGGAAGCAGACGCCAUCGCCGGCGCCCACGACCCGGUCGAGCCGGUCGAGCCUGGAGGGCAAGGACCCGCUGCAGAGCUACAGCAGCAGCAGCUGCGCCACGCCUACGCCGGCCCCCGAUCCGCCCAACUCACCCUGCUCGAGUACGAGGUCUUCUCGCCUCCCCACCCCAAAGGGAGGCCGUUCGCGGCUGCCUUCGCCCACUCUGUCUGAUUGCCGCUCCAACAUUUCGUCGCCAGCGCCUUCGGACCCUUACUCGAGGUUUUCCUCUCCGACCCCUUCUGAGAGGUCUGUGAGAAGAGAAGGUCAAAAGUCGUGGCCAGCUGGACCUGGCAGUGACUGUGACCCUUUCUCCCCCAAGUCCAGUGUUGGGGAAUAUGGACAUGUGUCCCUGGAGUCGCCGUUCGCUGAUGAGAACAUGGGUGGACAGGCUCCCAAGCAAAAGCUCCUCAGUGGAGGACUGACCAAGCUUCAGAAGCAAAUGAAAGCAGCUCAGGAGGCGGCCAAGAAGGGAACCAAACUAAAGGCCAAGCAGGAGGGAGGUCGGUGGAGAGGAGCUUAA